AUGAGGUGCAGCGGGGGGAUUGAGCCGCGCUCCUCCUCGGUGAAGCCGGAGCGGAGGAUCUCCGCCGAUUUCGAGGUGUGGCGACGGCGGCGCGCGGUAGGAGAAGGAGCUGGAGGGCGGAUCGAAGUGGAGCUUGGAGUUGAGGAUUGGGUGGGAAAUCUGGAGCUUGCGGAGGGCGUUUUGGUAAAUUUGGGAGUUGGGGGGUUUGGAGAGGAGGAGGGCGACGGCGGUGAUGCCGGUGCCGCCGGGGACGGCCCGGCACCAGCUGUGCUCGGUGGCGCCGGCCGGCCGGGUCAUGGGCUCGGCUUCGCUGAAAACCCAUCAUCAUCGCCCAGCCCAACACCACCACGACGGCUCUUCACCACCUCGGCGCCCGACACCACCUCGACGCCGCCCGGCCCGUCACCACCCCGGCGGCCCGUCACCCCGUCAUCGCUCGAUACCCCCUCGGUCGACCCGUCACCACCCCGGCGCUCCGACUCCACCGGCGCCCCUCACCUCGAAACCACCUCGGCCGGAGACCCGGUCACCAACCCAGUACCACCCAUUCCCACCCAGAACAUGGACAUUAAUUCAUCUUUUUUAAAUGAGGAUUUGAAUGGUGCCAAUAUUGAAGCAGCUGAUAUUAUUGGCGUUGAUUUGGAGCAUCCCGAAUUGGAGCCACCUGAGAUGUUGGAACAGGAAGAGGGAGAAUUAGUUUUAUCGCGAAGAAGAUGGAGAAUUUCAGGCUCGGUCUGCGUCAAUCUGUUCGACCCGAAGCCGAACUCAUACCAAUAUGUGGCAUGCCUUUCAGAAAUUCUAUGGCUCCAAUCUGAAUUCUAUUCACAUACCCAAUCUGUGUAUGCUAACCUGGAGAUUGCCGCGGGUCGAAAGCCGAGAUCGAAAGCCGAUGUUUUCUUGGUCGAAGACUCGAUUUUAUAG